AUGGACGUUCAAGAAGCACAGCAGAAUCGACAAGCACGCGAGAUCGCAUAUGGACAAUGUUAUGAGCGUUCGCCAUGGAAGUCGCUGUACUUGCGAAAGAAGCGAAUCAUUUCGAAUUGGCGAUCCCGAGCGAUUCAAUCAAGCACUGUUCUAAAGGAUGACAUUAAACAAUUCAUUGGUCUACAAAUUCACCCUGGUCGUAUCAUUACUCGUUCUCAUGAUUUAUAUACCUUUCGCGUCUGGAAUGUUGAAGAUGCUGAACCGGCUUUUACUUUAACUGGUCAGAAUGGUCUCCCUUGGUCGCAUCAAGUGAGCGAAGAUGGCCAAUGCAUUGUCAGUGGCGGGCAGGAUGGGACGGUUCGCGUUUGGUGUGGUCAAACCGGUGCACAGCUUCAUGUUUUGCAGGGACAUACGCAAGGGAUUCCAUGCAUGAGUCUACAUGGCACAACUCUUGUUUCUGGGUCGUAUGAUGAAACGCUCCGUGUCUGGGACAUUGUCGACGGGAAAUGCCUUCACAUUUUGGCUGGUCACUUGGCGUGGCUAAAUUUUUGUGUACAAUUCGAUGGAAAACGGGUUGUAUUUGUUGGCCGUUAUUGUACCGUUUGGCAUGUACACACGGGCGAGUGCUUGCAAAUGUUGACUGGUCACAGGGAUAUAAUCUUUUCACUUUUGUUUGAGUCACAGCGUGAUCUUGUCGUGUCAGGUAGUCGUGACCGAACGAUUCGCGUCUGGGAUGUGCAAAGAGGAACAUGCAUCGCACAUCUUGACCUUCUUCAAGAGUUAAUGUUCGAAGGUUAUGGGUGUGGGAUGCAGCUUCGCGGAAACAUUUUAGCCUGCUAUUACGGUUCGGACGUUUGGGUUUGGGACAUUCGGGAGGGUGGCUCGUGCAUUCACCAUUUACAUGGCGUAAAUGGUCACACGUCGACCAUCACUUCAUUGCAAUGGCUCGAAUCGGGACUUUUGGCGACGGGUUCGUGUGAUGGCUUGGUCAAGCUGUGGGAUUUGGAUCAAGGUAUCUUUGUUCGUGAUCUCAUUCGUCUUCCAUUGCAACGGAUCGCCAUCGUCCAUCAGAUCACCGGUUUCCUCCUCCGCAACUCCGAGAUCGAUUUUCGGGACUUUCGAAGGCAACAAUUCGUUCUCAACGCCGAGCUCAUCCCGUUAUUCGUCGACUUUGAUGAUGUUGUCAAGAAGGGGAACGGCGGCGAUGACACAAAAACAGCCACUCAAAUCUAUCGAUCAAUGAUUUACGAGUUUCUCGCCGUUGGAGCAAACGAGACCCAGCUCUCCACCCUUCGUGACCUCGAUCAAGUACACGACCGUGGCCAGCUCUCCGUUCAUCUUCUAGACGAUUUUUUGAGUAGAUUG